GCGACAUACAACGAGUAUUUCUUGCUGCAGGAAAAGUUGACUUCUUGGUGGGCAGGAAUUUUUAAAAAAUCAUGGCUUCAAAUGACGCUCGAAGAGCCGUCGCUUUUGGAACGACUCUUGAUCGAGAACUGUUACCACUGAAAAUUCCAGCAAAUCGCUUUGGAAAUGAACUCGCCUUACGAGGCGCUCCAAACCGCGGCCCUGGAUGUUAUUACAAUGCGGAGGGUACUGGCUUCAUUUAUGAACUUGAGCGAAGACCAGUUUGUAGAAGAGGCUAUUCAGUUGGAGCCAGAACCGCCCCAAGAUUUCCUAAACCAGCCCAUCUGGAUGUUCCUGGACCAUCAACUUAUCAAGAGAUUAUCAGCAAACCAGUUCACUUUGAUGAAGCUUUUAAAGCAUUUAACAUUGGCGCAACAAGAUUCCCACCAAUUAACCAGGACCAUGGCCAUCCAGGGCCUGGUGCGUAUGAGUUUGAUGCCAUAAGGGACAGGAAGGUGAAGUAUCAUGGCUCUUUUGGUGGACCACAGACAUUGAUAACGUCAGUUACAAUUAAAUGCAAUGAAUUUGGAG